ACCAUGGAGGACGAGCUGCAGGACCUCAGGGAGCAAGUGCGACAGCUACGGGCAGACAAGGAGCGGCUACAGGAAGAGGCUGGGCAUCAUGCCGAAGCACAAGCGGGUCCGAGUGCCCCCAGGACAAUGAUGAACACUGCUGCCCCUGAACGCAUAAUCUACCUUCCACGAGAAAGGAAGUGCCCCAUGUUCAGGGGUACUCAUGGUAUUGGGGUAGAUGAGUGGGUGGAGGAGGUACGAGCUAGCAUGAGGGCUAGACAUGUGGGUCUCAAUGACCAGGCAUGUUUUAUUUUUGAUCACCUAGAGGGCGAGGCUAGGGAUGAGAUAAAGUACAGACCAUGUUUAGACCGUGGAGACCCAGAUCGUGUUCUAGCCAUAUUAGAGGAGCUCUAUGGGUGCCCAAAGUCCUAUGUGUCUCUGCAGGAAGACUUCUUUUCUAGGAGACAGCUAGAGGGAGAGUCUCUGCAAGAAUAUUCUCAUGCAUUGUAUUUCUUAAUGGACAAAGUUGUUGCUAGUGCCCCUAAUAGAAUGACUAACACUUCUAUCUUGCUACGUGAUCAGUUCGUAGAGAAUGUUAAUGACUCUGAUCUUCGUAGGGAACUGAAGAGGUUGGUUCGCAGUGAUCCCACGCUGUCCCUACUUGAUAGCUCCAGUGUCCAGCGUAAUGUUGAGUGCCCACCUAGCAGUUCCACCACCGAACAGCUUGCAGCUUUGACCGCUUUGGUACAUAAACAGCAGGAACAGCUAGGUAAGCUCACUGAGGCUAUCAAAGCGAUGCAGGCGCCCCUAGUCCCCAGACCUAGUCGACCCAGUAGUGUUGUGUGCAGACGGUGUCAGCAGACAGGACACUAUGCCCGUGAAUGUGAGAAUGAGCGUGUCCCACAUUAUCCAAACAAUCCUUCACGUGCUCCUCGCACACAAGCCGCUGUUUUUCAGUCGGCGGGAAACUAGCGCCCCCUAGUGUGCAGAGCCAAAC